GCCCACCAGUUAUAUUUUGUCAUCUUGCAGGAGAAACCCAUUAUAUGACUUAGUUUCUGUACUUUGCCUCUCUUUCUGAGCUUCAGGUCUCAGUUCAUCCAUCUUGGCAAAGGAGAUCGAUCGAGGCAAGGAGCUGCAAUGGAGAUCACUAACGUGAACGAGUAUGAAGCCAUCGCCAGGGAGAAGUUGCCAAAGAUGGCGUAUGAUUACUACGCCUCAGGUGCGGAGGACCAGUGGACUCUUCAAGAGAACCGAAACGCCUUCUCCAGAAUCCUGUUUCGGCCUCGGAUUCUGAUCGACGUUAGCAAGAUCGAUAUUAGUACUACCGUCUUGGGAUUCAAGAUAUCGAUGCCCAUCAUGGUUGCUCCCACCGCUUUUCAGAAGAUGGCUCACCCAGAAGGUGAAUACGCGACGGCUCGUGCUGCCUCAGCUGCUGGAACAAUCAUGACAUUAUCGUCAUGGGCCACUUCUAGCGUCGAAGAAGUUGCUUCGACGGGACCCGGAAUUCGCUUUUUCCAGCUCUAUGUUUACAAGGACAGGAACGUGGUGGCUCAGCUUGUGAGAAGAGCAGAGAGGGCCGGUUUCAAGGCCAUUGCUCUCACAGUUGACACCCCGAGGCUCGGCCGGAGAGAAUCCGACAUCAAGAACCGGUUUACCUUGCCGCCCAACUUGACAUUGAAGAACUUCGAAGGUUUAAACCUCGGGAAGAUGGAUAUGACCAAUGACUCUGGACUAGCUUCUUACGUCGCUGGACAGAUCGACCGUACCUUGAGCUGGAAGGAUGUGCAGUGGCUGCAGGGUAUAACAAAGCUACCUAUUCUGGUGAAGGGUGUCCUGACCGCCGAGGACGCAAGGAUAGCGAUUCAAGCAGGAGCAGCCGGAAUCAUAGUGUCGAACCACGGAGCUCGCCAGCUAGACUACGUUCCCGCAACGAUCAUGGCCCUUGAAGAGGUUGUUAAAGCUGUUCAAGGCAGGAUUCCUGUGUUCUUGGACGGUGGUGUCCGACGUGGAACCGAUGUUUUCAAGGCCCUUGCUCUUGGGGCCUCCGGCAUAUUUAUCGGAAGGCCCGUGGUGUUCUCCUUGGCGGCUGAAGGAGAAGCCGGAGUGAGAAAAGUGCUCCAGAUGUUGAGGGAAGAGUUCGAGCUGACGAUGGCUCUCAGUGGAUGCACUUCUCUGAAGGAAAUCACUCGCAACCACAUCAUCACCGACUGGGACGCUCCUCAGCCACGCCUGGCUCCAAGGCUAUAGAUAUCAAUCGCUACCAAACAAGAACCCGAGAAAUCAAGAUCCAAGAAUGGAAACUUUGACACAGUAUGUGUGGCUGUCUCUGCAGGUAUCUCUUUUCAUGGUAUCUUUCCUCUUAUGUUUCUGUCUGAAUCUUGGUUCUGUUCUGAUAAUUAACGGAAUGUUUGGGUUGUGAACACUAGAUACUUGCAAGAUUCUGUGUAAUGGUUAUCAUGUGCCAUGGCUACUCCCGCCUUUCUUUUCUGUA